AUUGUAAAACUUAUAACACGCUAUCUCAGUGAAUACUUCAUACGGGGAGAUCUUUAUUAACCUAUACACAAAGACAUCCAUUUAUUACUAUGUGUAAACACCGUUAGCAAUACAUAGGCACUGACUAAAAGGAGUAUAUUCGAUCUAACAUGGCAGUCAGUCUCUGAAUUUUAAACUCUUUUGAAUUGUUGGAUGAGCGGCUAAUCGAUGUUUAAGCUAUAGUCGAUAAUCUAUAAAAAAGUGUUUGAAGGACACGACUCUUAAAUAUGAAUGAUAUUGGAUAAGUUCUCAGAGUUUCAUAUUAUGAGAAAUUGUCGUCUGCCUGUGAUAAAAGAUCAGUGUAAGUGAAAGUCAUAACUAUUUUAAUAUAGUAUUAAAGAAAGAAACAUGUCCAAUGUGUAUGAAAGGAUUGUGACGCUUCUGUCUAAACCUGUUGAAGCACGAGAAGAUGACUUUAGAAUUCAACCCCUGGUAACCUGGUUUGAGAAAAGGUUCCAGUUACUAAGUACCAUAGGAGCAGAAUCUGUAAAGGAUAUAAUAAAAAAUUGUCGGUUUGAAAGAAAAAAAGUUGAUGAUAUUAUAUGUAAACAAGGAGAAGUCGGAGACUGUUGUUAUUUAAUAUUAGAUGGUCAAUUAGCUAUCUAUAUUUUAAAUAAAGAUAAGGAUGUCGAUGAUGAGAACAAUGAGGUCGAAGUUCAGUUUGUUUACAAAGAAGGAGGGAAACUGGACCGAAGUAAACUGGGCUUGUGUGCUGUACGUCUUGGGGGUGGAGUACCGGUGGGGGAGGUUGCGAUGGAACGGGAAGGUUUGCUCAGAACGGCUUCCAUUAUAGCAGAUGUACCAACAGAUCUAGUUAUUAUAGAUAGAGCUUUAUAUAACAGAUCUAUCAGGGAUGUCAUCUUCCAAGAAAGAAAAAAGAAAUCAGAUUUCAUCAAGAUGAAUUCAGUGUUCAGAAGCUGGGCUCCUAAAUACCGUGUACAGCUGUCUAUGGCAUUGUAUACCCAGACGUUUAGUUACGACAGCGUUUUAGUUAGACAAGGUGAUCCAGUAGAUAUACUUUAUUUUAUAAUAAGUGGUCAGGUUGAAAUUCAGAUGGAUCCAUCUUUACAUCCCUCCCAAUACAAGAAGCUGUUCAUGGAGGCUAACGACAAUGAAGCAGAGAGAUUAAUACAAAAAGUUGGGAAAGUUCGACCUCCAACCGAAGUUCAAUACUCGAGUCAUAUAAAACGACGAGAUAAUCCUAAAACAAUGAAGCUAUGCUAUCUUGGAAUAAAUGAAAGCGUUGGUGACGUAGAGAUAUUAAUGGAACUAGAUACCUACAUGCAAACGGCGGUUUGUAAAGAAAAAACGGAAGUACUUGUUCUUGAACUUAAACACUAUGAACGAUUAUUUUCGAAGAAACAUCCAAAAACUAUAGAUCGAAUGACAAACCAACUAGCUGUGAAACUAAAAACACGAAUUUCAUUGUUAAAAAAUAAAGAGGAAAUACCUUUAUUAACAUAUCUUUAUGAUAAACUCAAAUCUCGCAACAGACCACCUCCAGUUAGAGAGGUAGAACGAGAAUUUAAAGACAUCACAGUGGCUGAGGCAGAGAGAGAAUUCCUAAACCACAAAGGACCUUUAAUAGAUAUUUUUGGGCCUGGGAGCGUUUUCCGGUUGAUUCGUAUUCGGAAAGAGAAAACUAGAAAUGAAUUGCGUUCUAAACAGAUGAAAGAUUUGGAACGAAUACAAGGUCACGGUGCUAUACCCCCUACAUUACUUUUAACAUCACAAUAUCAAAGUGGGUCGGCAUCGGAGAGUAACUAUGGCCAACGCCCGGCGAGUGCCGCUAAAUCAAGUCGCUCUGUACAAUUAGCAACACCAAAUUUCAUGGAUAACGCCUCGUACAGGAACUUUGUUAAUCCUAUGGAUUAUGAUGAGGAUUAUGAUCGUAAAAAUUCACCAGAAGCUUUAGAAUACUAUGAAAGGAAAGCUGAACAUGAUGAAGCUUUAAUAGGAUUAGAAGAAAGAAUUAGAGAAUGGCUGGCUUAUGAUAAUCCUAAAGGUGGCCCACAAGUAGCUCCGUUGAAACGUCUUGAUUUAGAGCAUCUACAACUACAAGUUAAACGCGGUAGUAGUGUGCAUGUGAAGAGAAAGAAGCCAUUGACAAACUCGUUAAAUGAAGGCGGCUACAUCACACCAAAACCUGAUAAAUUAGACCAUUUAAAAGUUCUAAUAGCUCCACGAUGAUUUUUACUCUACAGAAUGAAUGUAAUAAAUACCAAUUCCAAAUUCGCCCUUCUUCUCGGAAUAAUUAAAAAAUCAAAACCCGGGGCUUCUAUCUCCGAAAGCCCAUUCUGCAGCCCCCCAAAUUGACAAUCCUUUGCUUUAUUUCUUCUUCAGGCCAUUUCAAACUCUUGGUUGACGGGCUGUUGUUACCAAUAAUGCCUAUUCGGUUGACUUAAAUGACGGCAGCAACGGUAGAUAUAUUUGAAUAAAAUUGGUGCCAAUGUAAGUGUUAUAGCUAAUCUGUCAAAUAUAAAUGACUGGCGAUUAUUUCGAAUACAUAGGGUGUCGAUCAAACUGGGUGUAAAUGUAGUCUCAUAAUUUUCGACGCCCCGAAUAAUUCGACCUCCGACCGCUGCUACUAACCGGAUAUUGACUGCGUGUUCCGAUCAAGAAAUUGUCAUACUUUUGUAGAGGAAUAUUGAAUAAUAAAACUUACGUUUGAUGUGUGUUUUGGAUAUGCCUGUUUUGGUAUUAAUAUGGUAAAACUACGGGAUUCGACGGGUUUUAAAAAGUUUUCCUGGGUUUUUAAUCCGUUCCUCGCAGCUGUUUUUGUUUUUACUAGUUCUAUCAUAUAUGAACAUUCUUAGCUGAUUGUUGUCCUAUAGCCCUAGUAUAUAUUACUAUAUUAUUGUGUAGGAAUCGUUUUUUAUAAUUGCCCAUACACUAAACUAUUAUAUGUAUAUUAUUAAAUAUUGUUAAUC